AUGAUUCACUCCCGUGUUUUAAUCCUCGUAACACAACAAGACACCUGCCAAAGUUCAGCUCGCAAACAGAUUAAGAAAAAAAAGUUGAGUCUCCGCAGCGGGCAAAGCCGAUGUCACUGCAUCAUGUAG